AUGUCGAGAGCGCCGCCGAACGUGAGGGUGACGGAGGACGUCGCGCCGUUGAAAAUGAAGUCGCCGGCGAAGGUGUCGGAGGACGCCGCGCCGUUGAAAACGAAUUCGCCAGCGGAAACGCCGAGACCGGCGCCGAUGAAGGUAAAGGUGAAGUUGGUGGAGGCGAAGGGGCUGGAGGCGUCGGACGUCGCGCCGUCGAACCUGGCCCCGGCAGAGGUGCUGGAGGCGUUGGAAGUCGCGCCGCCAAAACGUCCAACUGCCGGUCGAGCCG